AUGGAGGAGACGUCGCCACUCUUGCCCCGGGAGCGACUGUCGACUCGAAGGAAGCCAAGAUAUGGUGGCGCGGGCGAACUCGAGGCUCAGCCGAGCGCUGGCGAAGACAUUCCGGGCGGGAUCUGGAAUCGACGGCGUCACCAUUAUCCUCACUUCACUAGAGUGAAGAGUGCAUUUCACACCAUCAGUCAUCCAAAGACCUGGAACGCGCGGACGAUUGCGAACAAAGUCUUCUUCAAGCCAGCCAGCACUCUGCCCUCGGUCUUCCUUGGCCUACUGCUGAAUCUGCUUGAUGCAUUGUCCUAUGGCAUCAUUCUCUUUCCACUCGGCGAGGAAACAUUCUCUGCAAUGGGUGCGGAUGGCGUGUCUAUGUUCUACGUGAGCUGCAUAAUAUCUCAACUCGUAUAUUCCACAGGCAGCAUAUUUCGUGGGGGAGUUGGCUCCGAGAUGAUCGAGGUGGUGCCAUUCUUCCACAAGAUGACAUAUAUGAUUGUUGGACAAAUGGGUACAUCGAAUCCCGAGGCUUUGCGGGCUACGGUGAUUACAUCUUACGCGAUGAGUUCUAUCCUUACUGGAAUCAUCUUCUUCGUCCUUGGAGCCGCGCGCCUUGGAACAUUGGUCAACUUCUUCCCGCAUUCCAUCCUUGUGGGCUGCAUAGGAGGUGUCGGAAUCUUCUUGUUCCUGACUGGCGUCGAAGUGUCGGUCCGUUUGGAUGGAAAUCUGGAUUUCUCAUUGGAAGUGCUCAAGAAGCUGGUAGCACCUAUGAGCUUGGCUCAAUGGCUACCGCCAUUAGCUUUGGCAGUGAUUCUGCUUGUGAUCAAGCGGUAUUAUGACAGGCCAUUCCUGGUCCCAGCAUAUUAUAUCGGCAUCACCGUGAUCUUCUACAUCGUGACGGCUGCUGUUCCAUCCCUCAACAUGGAAGUCUUGCGAAGCUCUGGAUGGGUGUUCGAGGCGCCAGCUGCAGACAAGACCUUCUACAACUUCUACAGCUACUACAAGUUCAGCAUCGUUGAUUGGAAAGCUGUUGCAAUGACGAUCCCCUCGCAGUUUGCGCUCACAUUCUUCGGUAUCCUACACGUACCGAUCAACAUCCCAAAUCUGGCUAUGAAGAUGCAAGAGGAUAAUGUGAGCAUCAACCGCGAACUUAUCAUGCAUGGCGUUUCCAAUACGCUUUCAGGAUGUGUCGGAUCCAUUCAGAACUACCUGGUCUACGUCAAUAGUGUUCUCUUUAUGGACACUGGUGGCGACUCGCGGCUUGCAGGUUACAUGCUUGCUGCCGCGACGGCUGCUCUUUGGGUCGUUGGCCCAGCGGUCAUAGGCUACGUGCCUGUCAUCGUUGUCGGCACUCUGAUCUACUACCUCGGCAUUGAUCUUGCCAAAGAGGCUUUGAUUGACACAUACGGAAGACUGCACAGACUGGAAUACUUCACCAUCCUAGCCAUUGCGCUGGUCAUGGGAAUCUACGAUUUUGUGGUUGGUGUAGCGGUUGGUAUCGGCCUGGCUUGUCUGGUCUAUGUCGUGCAGACAUCACGCAAGACAGUCAUUCGUGCCGAAUUCUCUGGCGAGAUUGCCGAGUCGACCGUCCGACGACACGCACGCCAGCGAGCAUACCUGCAUCGUGUGGGCCCCCAGAUUCGCGUCGUUAAGCUUGGCGGAUAUCUCUUCUUUGGCAGUAUUGUCAACGUAGAGAAGACAGUGCGAGCUCUGAUCGACGCGGAGACGUUUGCCGCUGCACCAAUACGAUACCUGAUUCUAGACUUUUCCCACGUUACUGGAAUUGACUUCUCAGCAGCAGAAGCCUUCGGAAGAAUGAAUAGAAUUCUUCGGAGAAGGGAUGUGGAAAUGGUGCUGGCUGGUGUCAACCUCCACGAUGACAUUGGCCGCAGUCUGCAAAUGGAUGGACUCUUCGAAGACGCCGAGGAAGCGCCUGCGCCGAAGGUCUACGAGAACCUCAAUGGCGCUCUUGAGGCUUGUGAGAACGGUCUCCUCAUCACACUCACGGAGAAACAGCAGCAUGAGCUUCGCAACCCAGAAGACUCGCCUCCAAUGGCAAUCCCGGCAUCCCCAGAUCCAAACAAGCCCUCCCCAAUUUCGCAGCUCGAGCGAAUGAUGGGCUCACCACGAACAUGUGCCCGACACGAAGCAGCAGCACAGACACUGACAGAAGACCAAGGCAAACCCGAGAGGACGAAGUGGCAGCAUCUCAAGCAGCCCCUACCGCUGAUCCUCCAAGCUUUCCAAGAUCUGACCGAAAAGAACGAAGACUUCUGGUUCCGAGCAGUACCAUAUUUCGAAAAGCGCGAGUGGACCAAAGGCCAAAAAGUCUACUCUCGCCACGACACAGCGGAUGGUUUCUACCUCCUCCAAUCCGGGAUUCUGCGAGCAGAGUACUCCCUCGAGCAAGGCCAAUAUCAAGAAAGCAUCGUCGCCGGUACCACUUGUGGCGAACUACCUUUUUUCAGCGAGACCGAGCGGACAUGUACGGUGUAUGCCGAAGGCGAUCAUAAUGUUGCGUGGCUUUUGACUACGGAGAAGUGGAAGGAGCUCCAGAAGAAGGAUAUCGAGGUGGCGCAAGAGUUGCUCAAGGUUGGUUUGAAACUUAGCGCGGAGCGUAUGGCUGCUAUUACUUCUUAUGUUUUGAUUACGGCGAGUUGA